CUGCAAUUCGCCAUUACCGUGGAACGUUGAUCGUGUUAAGUGUAAGUUUGCUUAAAAUAAUAAUAAAUGAUAUCUGUACAUACAGGAAAUCAUACGAGUAUAAGAGCUAACGGCGCAUGCGGUAGUACUGUAAUCCAGCAAAUUAAUUUAAAGAUUACAAAUAAGAUGUCGCUUGAUGAGAAAUUCAAUGCCGCCGCUGAAAAGGUGAAAACCUUCACGAAACGCCCCACCGACGAAGAACUGCUGGAUUUGUACGCGCUCUUCAAACAGGCUACAGUCGGCGAUAACAACACAUCCAAGCCCGGUAUGCUCGACCUGAAGGGCAAAGCCAAGUGGGAAUGGUGGAACAAACAGAAGGGCAAAUCACAGGAUGUCGCCAAGCAGGAGUAUAUAGAAUUUGUAGAGAAGUUGUCAGCUUCAUAUCUUUGAUGUGGCAAACCAUAUUUCUAAACAUAAAAUGGUCAAGGGAGAUUUUCAAACGCUUUUAAAAAAUAUUAUAAGUCAUUAUUGGUUAGCUGUAAUGUGCACAAUAGUUUAGUAUUAAACAGAAAUUACUGCAAAUACAUAUCUAAUAGCACAUAGUUGCAACUCGUUAUUAUA